AUGGCCGAAGCAAUGGCCGUAGAGUUGCUCUUGUUCGUCGUCGGCCUUUGGGCUCUCGCAACCCUCCGUCUCUCCAAGCCGAGCAAGCAAGCCGAGUUCUGGGCGUCGUUUCCAACCGCCGGCGUCUCGUCCGGAGUCUUUUUUCCAUGGUCGCUUGCUGCCUUUCGCUCCAUCACGGCCUCUGCAGACAUGGCAACCGAGGGCUACAACAAAUUCUGCAAGAAGCGAGACAUACCCUUUGCCCUGCCAAGCACAGGAGUCGGCGCCAUCGUCGCACUGCCGCCAUCCCAGUUGCACGUGCUCAACAAGUCGGAGAAGCACGUCAUUGCCGCGGAGGCGCAGAGCGAGUCCAUACAGCCCAAGUACAUGAUUGGAGAUAGGGAGCUGUACGAGAACAGCAUCCACUUCGACAUUGUCAGAAAGCACAUGACCAAGGAUGUCGGCUUCUUCGCGGCUGGCACGGCGGAGGAGCUUGAUGCGGCGUUUCGAGACUGCUGGGGAGCCGACUCGCAGAACUGGACGACGGUUGGCGCCUGGGACACGUUGAGCAGAGCCGUUGCGCGAGCAGUCAACCGCGCCUACGUGGGCCUGCCGCUGUGUCGAAACGAGACGCUGCUGGAACAGUCACGGCUGUAUGCGAAUGCCGUCUACAUGGGGUCAGCCUUGAUAACAGCCAUGCCCAAGUGCACGAGACCGGCGUUGGGACCGUUGAUAGCGCUGCCUGCCAAGAGAUAUCUCGCCGGCUGCAAGAGGGUGCUCGUGCCCCUGGUUGAAGAGAGGCUCAGGAGGUGGGACGGCGGCAAGGCGGGCGAGAAGAUGCCGGAUGACGCCCUUCAAUGGAUGGUGGAGAGGUGUGCCAAGGUCGGGCCCGGCCAGAUGGAGCCGGCGGGCAUAGCGCAGCGGCUUCUGAUCCUGAACCUGGUGUCCAUCUACACGACCAGUUAUGCAUUCACAAACUGCGUGCUCGACCUCCAUGGCAGCGAAUCCAGGGACGACUUUGUGGCUGGUCUCCGGAGAGAGUGCGACGGCGUGGCCGCGGAGCUGGACGGCUUGGUGACGGGCAAAGCCAUCGACAAGCUGUUCCGGGUCGACUCUGCCGUGAGGGAGUCGAUGCGCAUAUCCUGCUUCGGCAUCAUCUCACUGCCGCGCAUCGUCGGUCCAGGCCAAGCGCUCGAUCUCGGCAGCGACAUCAAGAUCCCGCCCGGCGUGCGGCUGGGAAUUCCGUCGCAGGCCAUCCAUCGCGAUGCCAGCUACUACGACGACCCGCUGCGCUAUGAUGCCUUCCGCUUCUCACGAGACUUUGAGAGUCCAGACGGCGCGGGUCGCCAGGCUGCCGGGCAGAAGCGGAGUGUCGACGUGAGCUCGUCGUUUCUCACGUACGGCUUCGGCAAACACGCGUGUCCGGGGAGGUGGUUUGCCUCGCAGCUGAUGAAACAGGCGCUUGCGUACAUCGUGCAGAACUAUGAGGUGGAGUGCGUGGGGAAGACGCAGGAGAAGAAAGCCCUGUUGAACAUGAUUAUGCCUCCAGUGAGUGCCAAGAUUCGGGUUAGACUGUUACGGGGUCAGCACUGUUAG